AUGACGAAGGUGAGUGAUAAAGUGAGCCCAGAGAUGGCACAAAACGAAGAGUUCUGUAGGGAGCUAAAUGAUGUAGUGUGGAAUGACAGCGCGACUUCCGAAUAUUUCGAAGUCGCGUGGAAAGGAGUUAUUGAAAAAUACGAAUUACAAGAAAAUGCAUGGCUGAAUCGUAUGUAUGACGAGCGUGAGAAAUGGGUGCCUGCGUAUUUUGAAGACGUGUUUAUGGGCGGACUACUCCGUACAACAUCCCGGUCUAAAGCAGAAAAUAAAAUUUUCCAAACCAACACAAACAAACACAUGUGUCUUUCGGAAUUUUUCAUCCGGUUAGAGAGUACAAUCAUAAAGCAACGGAUCACAGAGGCGGACCUAAGUGGGGCUUGCAACGCACAAACACCCCUGUUCAAAACGCAACUGCGAAUAGAGCAAGAUGCAGCGACACAGUACACAUUAAGCGUGUUUUACGAGGUACAAGAGAAUAUAUGCGCCGGAUGUUUUGAUUGUCGAGUGCGUUCUGUCAAGCAUGAUGGCCCAGUAGGCACGUAUGUGGUUGAGGAUGAAUAUAACAAGAGAUUCACGGUCAUAGUAGAGAAUGGGACAAACACAACAACCUGCACUUGCCGAUUAUGUCUAGGUCUAGCACAAGGAGACAGUUCGAAGUUGGAUCCGAUUCGAAAAACACUAGAGGAGUUCGAAGCAACAUGGUUCGAGAGUGGGAGAGAACGAGGGGGUCCAGAUAAAGGCAAACAAGUGAUUAUGGAGUCAUAUUGCGGCGUCCCACAACCUGAGGAAGUCAAUGUGCACCCACCACCCGUUUCAAGCAACGAAGGGUCGAGAAAACGAAUGAGGACUGCUAAAGAGAUAGCAAUGAAGGAGCAAAGUAAGAAGAAACGAACAUGCAAGACCUGUGGACUAGCAACCGGCCACAAUAGUAGGAGUUGUCCACAAAAAUAA